AUGAAGAGAGAUGGAGAGAUGUGUCCAUCGGGGGAUGCUGGGGCACAGAGCGGAGCUGACGCGAAACCCCUCGGAAUCCGCGGAGUUCGUGGAAUGCGUUUAUCGAACAUCGAAUCUGUCGAUUGUGAAGUAUCGGCAUGGAGUUACUGGAGCGGCUGCAGUGUACAUUGUGGUAUAGGAAUCAGUGAGAGACGGAGACUGGUUAUCACAGAGCCUCAGAAUGCCGGUCAGAAGUGUCUACCGUUAAGACAGGUCAAAGCGUGUUUCAGCAGUUUCUGCGACAUCAGCAAAAAAUAUGGAAAUAGUGUUGCUUUAAUUUUACCCCAUAAUUAUGGCGAGAAACGCGACGACGCACAACGCAACGCAGUCAACAACUUCUUCUUCCGAGAUCGAAUGACAUUCAAGAGUUACUGUGUAUAUUUCAAGCUAAGGCAUGUAAAUAAACGCUGUUAUUCAGAUGAUGCAAGUUGGACAGCUAGUCUUACGAAACCCAAGAUAGCGUGCGUGGAGUGUAACCGCCCCGCUUACGGGACGGAUGGGCGGUGCCAUGGGGAGGGCGUCAUUAAAGAAAAAACCCGAUUCGUGGCCGUCGACGUCAAGGGUUGCCGAGGUCGAUGGAUCCAGCAAUCUAUGGAAGACGACUGCAAAUGUGAUACUGGAGAGGAUUAUAUAUUCAUCUAGUAGAUAAUACAUCUUCUUCUCCUGACAUUAUUAUUCUGAUUAUUUAGGCUGUAUUUUUUACUUUUAAGAAUUUGUCGCUCGGGUACUGUACGCUAUUUGGAUAAUAAUAAGACAAUGUGAAUGUCAUAUGUAUAGCAUGUUAUUACAUAAAGUAUCGAAUAUCAUUAUAGAGUUCAAUGUAAAUUUGUUUGAUUUCCUAACAUCCUUGAAUUGUAUUCUUAUAUAUUUUGAAGUAUUCUCCUUCUCCGUGUCUUGUUUUAUAAAUUUUCAUGAAAUGGAUGAUACAUAAAACUGGUAUUCUUUAAACAUCAGCAAAAAGUAUCUCUUCGAUUAAAAAUAUAUAUUGUAUAUUCACAGCAAUAAUGAUAGAAUAAGGAAACGCAUUUACAUGAAUGGUUUAUUGAAUUAUAAUACGAUGUCACGAUAAACAUGUAUGAUAAAAACAUAAUUUCAAAAACAUUUGGGGGCCUUGGAGUAUAGUUGUUUCUAAAUGUUUAUAAAGUAACAUGAUGGAUUGUUAUGACAUUUUAUCUUUUAUUUCCUGAUGUUUCUUAAUAAUCAACGAUUAUAUAUUAGAGUAGAUAUGCUUUAAUGAAUAUAACGUGUCCUAAAUUUAUUUUAUAGCUUUAAAGACAUGCUAGUAUUUGUUUCGAGGAAAUGCGAAUGAUACAGAGUUAAAUUAAUUUAUGUAAAAGAAUCAUCAAUUAAUAUCAAUUUGUUUCAAUAAAAAUGUCUCAAUAUGCAAACGAGCAAAGUAAUAACUAGUUCUACUCAGCAAUCUUUUUUUAACGUACAACAAAACACCAGAAAGUAUUGUUUACAUUAUUUUUCAGCAUCUUGGACCAAAUGGGUAACACCUCAGUCAUAUUUUGUAUUCAGUCGUGUAAAUAAUAGUCUGUUUGGUGUUUUUUAUACACAGUUACACACAACUAUCAAAAUGGUAUAUUCUUAGUCAUGAAGAUUUGUAAUAUGAAGGCGUAUAAAUCUACAUAAUAAUGUGUCCUAUUUGACUGUAGGGUUAAACUUAGAUAUAAUAACGUGUUUUGUGUACUGAUAGCCGCAUGACAAGUAUCAUAUAACUACGUGAAGAGUCUAAAUACUGUACUAUGUUUAAGGAAUACAUAAUGUUGCAUUUUAUGUAAAGGUGCUAUCUUCUGUCAUUGUGUACAUACUAUUUUCGUGCAUGGUUUUUAAUGCUUUUUAGACUUGUAUUUAUAUUGAGAUAUAUUAUUCUUUUUGAAUUUCCACAUUUUCUUUACUUGCUGUAGCCUUCUUGCUUGUGUUAUUGACAGUGUAUAGCGAAAGACCUGCUAUUUUGUGUAAACCGAAUUAUUCUGCUGCACGUCCUAAAUUUAUCCUAGUUUUAUUUUUCAAAGCUAUUUUAUAGAUUAUGUUGUAUAUUAAUCCAAGGAUUGUUAGGUAUUUGUGUAAAACUGCUUUGUUUUAUUGAUUCUCAGUUAAAUAGAUGCGAACUCUUGAUAUUGAUAUCCACAUUAUUUAUUUCCUUAUUUGCUAACCUGCCAUGUUAUCGCCUUGAUUUCGCUAGCAAUUGUCUCUUGAUUUCUUGAUUUCUAGACUUGUAAACACUUUAGUUUCGUAUAAUUCAGAUAACGCAUCUCCCAUUUCUUCACGAUUGCUCAUUUUUGUAUUAAUUUUGGUAACUAUGCAAAUUAAUGAACCAAAUAAUGUAAAACACGGAAUAUUUGUAAUAAUCUCCUUCUUU